CUUCAAACUGAUAAUUAUUCAGCGCCGUUUCAUUGCAGUCAGUAUCAAUUGGAUGUUGUUGUUUUUUUUUUUAAAGGAGAUUUUAGACACCAGUAAUUUGUGUCAUAUUCUGAGCUGUGUCUUCCAAUAGCCGCAUGCCUACGAGGGCUACCGUCAUCAUGACAGCCCGUCUAAUGAUACUUCCAGUUUUAGUUCUUCUCAAUGGUGUAUCCCCCAAGGAUCUCGUGCCGCCAUCUUGGAUGAGAAUGUGCAAGGUGAACGUAUCCUUUCCCGAGCCGCCCACCGAGUCCAGACCUCGCCUGAACCCGUACGUUGCCAGCGUCAACUGCCAUAUCAAAGCGGACGAUGGCGAUCGGUGGAGGCUGAUGGACCUCCGCAACUUUACGUUCACAAACAACAUCAACUACCACACCGAUGAAAACAACCGGACCCUCCAUUACAAGAUCGAGGUCACGUGCGAGAAUGGCGCGAACAUCUCGUUACCCUGGCCGAUGAAGGUCCCCGGGCUACUGGAGCUUGAAGUCCGCUCGUGCUUGCUGUUGGAUCAGUUCGCCAAUUAUAACGAUCCCUUGGAUCCGACGAUACCGAACGAGCUUAGAAUUCUGGACAUUCGCGAUUCCAUGUGGGUGGUAGAAGCGGUCAAUUCCAUCGUCAAUAAAUCGAAUGUAUCUCUUAACAUUACCAGCGCUUAUGAUUGCGGUCAGGACUCGACGUUAGUGGAAUACAUUACCAGAAACGUCUCGAGCGUCUUGCCGUCUCUCCCCGGAGAACUAGACAUGGAGUCAUUUUUUCAGACGCUAAACCUAUCGAAUCUCCCCAGUGAACUCGUCGCUGUUGUCACUGAGCAAGAGCAGACCACCCCCAAAUCGAACGAGGGAGAGUCGUUCUUGGAUCUGCUGCGCAAGUCUUUCAAAACCAAAACCGGAUGUCAUUACAAAAGGCUGAAGGUGUAUGACAUGAGCAUCGCUUGGCUGACACCGGUUAACAUGUUUGAGUUCCUCGUUCAAAAUUCGGAUUACCCAGUCUUGGAGGUCCUGAAUUUCUCGCGUAUCGGAAUGACAGACUUGCCAAGGGAGUUCUCGCAGUGGAGGAAGUUCUUCCCAAAACUCAUCUCACUCGACCUCUCCCACAACAACCUCUCGGCAAUUCCUCUCACGGACUACCCGCCCGGAGACAACGAAGCGAUCGCGUACUUUAACCUAACUUACAACAACUUCACCACCGUUAAAAUGGCGCUCAUCCAGUCCUGGGCCAGGAUGACUAAGGUGUUUGUGGACAUCGACAAAAACCCGAUUCACUGUGACUGUGAGCUGGCGUCGUUCAUAGGGAAUUUGCGUAACGCUUCGACGUUCACAGGAAACCUCGCGCCUUACGCGUACGUGCGUCAUUUGGAGUGCGCUACUCCUGAACCGCUGUCGGGGAGACAACUUCACACGCUUUCGGUGGACGAUCUUUCGUGUCUGGAGUACGAGUCCCACCAGGCGGAACUCAUCGCCCUGGGGGUCACGCUUUCAGCUCUCGUUCUCAUGAUCGUGGUCAUCAUCCGGUACAAGUUUGAGAUACGUAUCCUGCUCUACACGCGCUUGCACGUGCGGCUGCCCUGCGACGCGGAUGAUUUGCGUCAUCAGAAAACCUACGACGCGUUCGUCUCCUACAGCAACGACGACGACGCGUGGGUGUACGAAAAUCUCGUCAAGUUCCUAGAGAAUCCCGGAGCGGCGCACACGUCUGCUCUUAGCAGCAAUGUCUUGGCUAAGACCACGGAGUCGGAGCCCACCAAGGCUUGUAAAAGCCACAACCCUGGACACGGGGACAAAUCCCAGUUCCGGUUGUGCAUCCACCAGCGGGACUUUGUCCCCGGGAAAACGAUAUUUGACAAUAUAGUGGACUCGAUCGAGGCGAGUCGCCACACGAUCAUCGUGCUGUCCCCUAGCUUCAUGAGGAGCCACUGGGCCAUGGAGGAGUUGAGGCAGGCCUACAGGCAGAGCUUGGUGGAGAAGACACGCCACCUCAUUGUGCUACUGCUACAAAAGGUGAGGUCAAAGUAG